UUUGUAAACCUCCCUCUCCAUCUGUCUUGGAACAUGUAGUUCUUCGCAGAUGGAACUACAUAUGAACUACACAUCCCUACACCCGCGUUAGUUACCAUAGCAGCGAGAGUUUAAUUUGUGUUCCGCCAUGGCUAGCAGUCCGUCUAGAGUUUUCGCUGCUUUAUUACCCACCGCGGGAGAUAUUUACCGGGACGAAAACGAACCAGGGAUGGGGGGACACACGGUUACUGUUCAGCGAACCCAGAACAGCGCGCGGGAGGUCCAGGUGACUGGGAGCGCAGAGGCCUCGUGCCCAGCCGACCGCGCUACUGUUUCCGUUAGUUUCAGAAACAGCAAGGAGUCGGUGAACGACGUCACCAACAGCAUCUCAAGGAGAGUAGAGUACAUUCUACAGACCCUGAGACAACACCAUGUCAAGGGGGAAGAGUUGACAGUGACGAGACACAUCUACAGAGCUGAUGACCUGUACCACAUGGAGGCUCUGGUGAUGGUGGUGUUCUCAGAUUUUGGUCAGAUGGAGAGAGUGUGUAUUGUUCUGUUGGAGAAGCUGGAUAAGAGUGUGUGUGUCAGCACACCUCACUUCUACCACAGUGAAGAGUGUCUCAGCCUAUUGAGGCGGAGCGUGUGUGUAGCAGCAGUAGAGAAUGCUCGUCUGAAGGCGUCUGAGAUUAGCAGCAUGCUGGGACAGACUCUGGGGCACCCCCUACUGGUCAGAGAGGAAGAGGCCACGGAGAGAGAUGGGGGGAGAGAAGGAGGAGAGGGGAGGGUGGGGGAGGGGGUACACAGGCCUAGCAUCAGUGCGACCUCUCGUGUGUUUGUCACCUUUAACCUCCGACACAAAGACAGAACCAGGAAGAAGAUUUGAAGACUACAUUACCCAUCUACCCCGUCAGCAAAGUGCAAACACACACUCCCUCACAAUCACACUGUAGAUAUGAAGACAAAGACGAGGAUGGACAGUCAUUGUUUUGUUUAGAAUAAUAUUUAUUCAAGCCUUUCCUCAAAGCUUCUGUCCAUAAACAUGAAUGUCAAUAAAUUAUGUAAAUGUGGCUGUUCUUGAUUCAAGUUUGAGGUCUUUAUGAUAUUCUGUCUUUAAUUUUGUUCUGAUAUGAAAUACUGUAUGACAUCUUCAGUGAUGUAGUGGUUAAAACAGUAGGUGGGUAAACGCUGAUCACCGUUUGCAGCUAAUAAAAUAAUGCUUCCUAUAUUUUCAAUGCAUUUUUCUGCAAUAGGUGGCUAAAUGCGUAAAAGCCUUUUCCCCUCCACUAAAUCACUGUGUGAAAUUAAAUUGAUCUUGUUGUGGGGGAACAGAGAGAGGAGCUGUCCUUUUCUUUACAUCUACCGUCCAGUUAGGUGUCCCACUGACACACACACACACACUCUUGUGGUCCCUGUCUGUCAGUCUUCAGGGAAGAUCUCUUGGAGCCAGGGCUGCAUGAUGAACCGCUCUCCAUCAAAGUGUGUGAAGUACUGUUCUAGGGUGGGGAUCUCCGGCUGGAACACACACACUCGGAGGUUCAGUUAGGGUUAGGUGUGUAUACGUAUGUUUGAGUGUGUCAGUUUGCCUUCAGAAAAUAUUAAACCCCCUUGACUUUUUCCACAUUUUGUGUUAGACUGAAUU